GUAGGAAGAAAGAAAGGUGGCGAGUCCAGUAAAUUAUAAAAGGAGUCCAGCGUGCCCGCGAAAGAGGCAGUCGCUUCCUACUCGCUACGAAGUUCCUUCAAAGUCAAAGUGCGCGGUACGAGCCUGACAGCUAAUCGUCCAACUCCAAGCGCCGAUAUUUCAAAAGCACCGUCAAACUCCGGAACAAUGGUUGUCGUUGAGUGGGUAACCCCUGAGGAUGAGUACGUUUGCACCCUGCCUAGGGAAACGCAGGAGGUCGCGAAGCAGGAACUUCGGGAAGACAAGAACUCGAGGGACCAGGCACUGAGGCAGAUCAGGGAAUGGAUCAAGCUCAAUCCCAGGAUCGAGAACUGUCGCCUUGAUAGUCAGUUUCUCUUGAAGUUCCUGAGAUGCAAGAAAUACAGCGUUCCCAUGGCCCAGGAAGCCAUCGAACGAUACCUCUUGCUCAGACAAGUUUAUCACCCGGCUUUCAACAAUCUGGACAUCAUUGAUCCCGUCCUCGAGGAUCUCUUGGGACUGGGGUAUCUCUUCGCGGUUCCCGGUCGCGACAGGAAGGGACGUCGAGUGAUCGUCGCAAGACCAGGGGUGUUUGACCCGUACAAGUACAACAAUGCUGACAUGUGCCGCAUUCACGCGAUAACUUACGAGGCGUUAAUGGAGGACGAGGAGAGCCAGAUUCGAGGCUUUGUUCAUUUUGCUGAUGGUGCCGGGGUCAGCUUUCCACACUUGACUCUAUUCACCCCUAAGGAAGCAGUCCGCAUAGUUAAAAACGGCGAGCGUACGAUUCCGAUGCGGCACAAGGAGAUAAACGCCAUAAACAUCCAUCCAUCCGUAAAGUUCGCUCUCGACUUUGGAAUGUCGCUGAUAUCUGAGAAGAUCAGGAAGCGUGUCAACAUCUAUACCAGCCUUAAUGAUGCUUCGAACAAAAAGAUGGACACGAGUAUGCUCCCGAAGGAGUACGGUGGCACCAUGCCCAUGAAGGAGAUGAUCGACCUCUGGAGGAAGGAGCUCGUUGCCCUUCGACCCAAACUCCUCAGCCACGACAAGAUGAGAGUUCGUCUAGAAAUGUUUUCUGAGAAGGCAAGGGAAGGCGCAGUUUCAGCCCUAAAGCAAGGCUUCGGUUGUGCCGCAGUUGGGUCUGGCGACUCGAUACAAGGGAUAACGGGGUCGUUCCGUAAGCUUGAAGUAGACUAGGCAAAGUACGAUAGUUAGACUUACAUCGCACGAGUUAUUAUCAUAUUAUUUUUUAAGUUUGUUGUUUUUCACAGAUCACAAUUAUAUAUCAUUUUUAUUGUACCUUAUAACAUUAUACGAGAUAGGAUGACAUGCCUUAGCUUCGCCGCGUCGGGUCGACGCCACAAACUGCUGCACAUAAUAAUAGAUAUAGUACUAUAAGACUUAGGUCACCGGCAUAGAGGGAAG